CUGGAAGAGGGGAUACUUAGGCGAGGGGAAAACUACGCUAAUGCUCGUGAGAUUUUGGUUGUGGAUGAUCACUCAAUCCUUUAUCGUGCGAGUGUAUUCGAAGAUAAGCAAAAGGAGGUGAAGCACUUAAAGGAAAAAAUUGAGGCAGAUUUGAAGGCUCAGCGUAGGCAACCUGGAAAGAUUGCUUGGAACAGAGUUGAAGACUGGCUGAAGAAAGCAAGCCAAAUAGUUACCAUGAAGGUUGGAGAUCUGAUCAGCCCGGGGGAAUGCUCCUCAUCAACCAAUAUCGGGGAAAAGAUUGAAGAAUUGAGGCAAAUACUUGAGGAAGGAAGAGAAUUCACUAAUUGUGGUGUGAGUUUGGUCAUAGAUGAUCACUCAAUCCAGUAUUGUGCGAGUGUAUUGGAAAAUAAGCAAAAGGAGGUGAAGCACUUAAAGGAAAAAAUUGAGGCAGAUUUGAAGGCUCAACUUAGGCAACCUGGAAAGAUUGCGUGGAACAAAGUUGAAGACUGGCUGAAGAAAGCAAGCCAAAUAGUUAUCAUGAAGGUUGAAGAUCUGAUCAGCCAAGGGGAAUGUUCCUCAUCAACCAACAUCGAGGAAAAGAUUGAAGUAUUGAAGCAAAUGCUUGAGGAAGGAAAAGAAUUCACUAAUGUUAGUGUGAGUUUGGUCAUAGAUGAUCACUCAAAAAAAGGAGUUCCAAUGCCUGCUGAAAAAUGCAUUGCACGGGAGGAGGUACAAGAAGAAAUUCUGCAACUAUUAAGGGAAGACAAGGUUACAAGAAUUGCAGUUUGUGGAAUGGGUGGUGUGGGCAAGACAACAAUCAUGAAGCAAGUCCACAACCAACUAUUAAAAGAACCCACAAUUAAGAAUGUUAUUUGGGUAAAGGUAUCCAGAGACUUUGAUAUUGUUCUCCAACAAAAAAAACAGUUUGAUAUUUUGAAGUUUCAGAAGAGCAUUGCAGGAAACUUGGGAUUAAACCUGAAGGAUGUGGAUGAAGAUGCAAUUAAGCUUGCAGGAUGGAUAUUACAAAGCUUGCAACAGGGCAGUUAUGUUUUAAUUCUGGAUGAUGUGUGGGAGCCUUUUUCUCUAGAAGAUGUUGGAUUCCUUGAUCCAAAUGGAAAUGAUGCUUGCAAGAUGGUGAUCACAACACGAUCACAAGAGGUUGCUGGUAAAAUGCAGUGUAAGGAGAUUUAUGUGAAGCCUCUUCUAGAUGAUAAAGCAUUAGCAUUAUUCUUGGACAAAGUUGGAAGUGAGGUGGUGUCCUAUCCCAGAUACAAAAGUGAUAUAGAACCUUUUUUGAAUCAGAUUUUGAAGAAAUGUAAUGGUCUACCCCUUGCUAUUGGUGUGGUGGCAAAAACCAUGAGAGGAAAGUUUGAUCGUUACUCAUGGGAGAUGGCAAGUAAAGAAUUGAGCAAAUCUGAAGAAAUUGUUGAUCGUUUGAAAUUCAGUUAUGAUCGCUUAGAAAAACAAUACAAGGAGUGUUAUUCAUAUUGUGCAUUUUAUCCUGAGGAUCAUGAAAUCCAAAAAAAGGAGUUGAUUGAGUUUUGGAUUGAGGAGGGAUUUAUAACAGAUGAAAGGGGUUCUCGGCACUUAAUGAUUUGUGAGGGCCAUUCUAUUAUUCGGAAGUUGAUAGACAAUUGCAUGUUGGAAUUGAUUAAACCCACAAGCUGUUGGUUGGGACAGAAUGGCUAUUUGGCGGGACAGCAUGCAGUGGUUAAAUUCAAAAACAAGGAAGAUCGGGUGAGUAUGCAUGAUCUUCUCCGAGAAAUGGCAUUAACGAUUAUUCAUCCUCAAUUCAUGGUGAAAGCUGGCAUGGCCUUGGAAGAGCUACCGGAGGAGGAUGAAUGGAGAGAAGAUCUUUUGAAGGUUUCUUUAAUGAAUAAUAACAUUAGAGAAAUUCCUUCAAGCAUGUCGUCUCCCAAGUGUCCAAUGCUCACAACCUUGUUGUUGUCCGAUAACAAUAUUACAACAAUUUCAGAUGCUUUUUUUGAUCAUAUGCCUGGGCUGAAGAUCCUUGAUCUUUCUGGCAAUCGCGAGCUACAUAGGUUGCCGAGUUCUGUUUCUAAAUUAGAGUCUCUUACUACACUACUGUUGGAGAAUUGUAAGUCCUUAGAAGAGGUACCAUUUUUAUCCAACCUUGGAGGCUUAAAAAAGUUAAGCCUUUAUGGGACAUCAAUUAAAGAACUACCCCAAGGUCUCAACAUGUUAACCAAUCUAAAAUAUCUUUGGCUUGGUGGAAUGUUAUCUGAUAUACCUGACGGUUUGCUACGAAAUCUCUCCAAACUUCAGUGUUUAGGAGUAGAAGGGACUAUACCAUUGAAAUGGGAGGAGAUUGGAAGGUUGAGGAAGUUGGAAUCUUUCGAAGGCCGGUUGUCUACACUGGAUGAUAUGAGCCUCUUUAUUAAGUCUGAAAGAAAGUUUUUAAAUCAAUACAGAAUUGUUGUUGGAAGCUGCAGUCCAUAUGAUUUGUACUUUUAUGAUGAAACAUUUUCAAAUGAUAUGAAUUUAGUUGUAUGCUGUCAUAUUGAUAUAUGUGAGGAGCUUAACUCGUUACCUUCUGAUGCACAAGGCUUCUACAUCUUGGACUGCAAGGAUGUGAGAAGUUUGGACUGGUUGCCAGCUGGCACUUUUUCUUCCCUUCAAAGAAUUCAAGUUGUGAAAUGUGAAAAAAUAAAGAAGUUAUUGCCGCUUAGGUUGUUGCGGUAUCUCCAGAAUCUACAGACCAUUUACGUUACAGAAUGUGAUCAAAUGGAGGAGAUAAUAUGGUCCGAAUAUGAAGAAGAAGGAGAAAAAGCCCUAGAAAAACUCACUCUACCAAAGUUAGAAUGGGUGAAGUUGCUGUGUUUACCCGCAUUGAAGAGCAUUUAUCGUGGCUCUACUACUGUCUUGAUCUGUGAUUCCCUCAAAAGGAUUGUAAUUGGGAGGUGCCAAGAAAUAGUGAGUGUUUUUUGGAUGGGGUUUAACCCACUUCCAACCCUUGAGUAUCUGAGGCUUUGGGACUUAGAGAAUCUGAAAUCUGUGUUUGAUGAAGAAGUUCUUGGUUUAUCGGCCCGUCCCACCAACUUUUUCUCUCUUAAAACAAUUGAAUUGACUCAAUGCCCUAAAUUAAAGAAAGUAUUCUCAUCUGGAUGGUUGCUUGGCUACUUCCAAUCUCUAGAGACUAUUGAAGUUAGAUACUGUUACCAAAUGGAGGAGCUGAUAUCAUCAUCGACCUAUGAAGAAAAAGAAGCCCUAGAAAAAAUCACUCUACCCAAGCUCCAAGGGUUAGGAUUAUUUCAAUUGCCCGAAUUGAAGAGCAUCUGUAGCAGUUCCAGUGUGUUGAUUUGUGAUUCCAUUAACGUUCUGCAGAUUGGCUACUGUAAGAAGCUAAAGAGGAUUCCUCUGCAUCUUUCCUCACUUGACAAUGGCCAGCCUUCUUCCCUCAAAGGAAUUGGCGUAGACACAAAAGAAUGCUGGGAAUCAUUGGAAUGGGACCAGUCCAAUGCAAAGGAUGUCCUUUCUACCUUCUGUAAAUUUUACCGUGACUGCGACACUGACAUUAAUGAAGAAGAAGUAAAAAUGUCUGAUGACGACAACAAUGAUGAUGAAGAAGAAGAAGAAUCUCUUAGGAUGGGCUAAGAAGCAAAAGAGUGCAGGCUCUUUGGUGAUUGGGCGGUGCAAAUCAAGCUGGAGUUGGACUCUGUUACCACAAGAAAGCCGGAGGGAAUCACAUUUGCGUGCUCCUGUUGUUGUUGGGUUUUCAAUUUAAUAUAGAUACACUUGUUGUUUUUUGUUUUUCUAUUCUUUUUCUUUUUUCUUUUUUUGUGUGUGUUUAAAUGUCAAAUUCUAAGUGGAACUGUUUGUUUCUUAUUUGUGUAAUUGUCUUUCAAACCUGUGUAAAGAUCUAUUUUAUUUCCUUUGGUAUUUCUUUUGCUACAUUUGCAUCUUUGCUUUUCUUGUAAUAAGCAUUUUUGGCUGAA